UUGUAAAUAAAGCAGAACAAAAAUAAUAUCAACAAACCAUCGUGAGUGGUGGUACGUACGCAGUUGAAUAUUACGCACAGCAGAUUUAACUGUUUAGGCAAACUCUCUUUCCAUUUGACUACACAAAACAAAAAUGGCUUCAACACAGAGGCCUGACAGAGGUGACGACCUAAAUGAUUCCUGGGUUGAGCUCCAUUACGCCCAGCAGCAGUCCACACAAGGGUACAGCAAUAUGAACCCAGAAGUCUGCUAUGGAUCUAGCAUGGAGAAGCUGUUGAUAGAUGCACAAAGAGAAUCUCGAACCCCAUCAAGGCCAAAUAGUAAAGAAAACUCUUAUAGGGGGAGCCCAAAAAGCCCAGCAAGCCCAAACACAGAGUGGUCAAGUGAAGAGUGGAGAACAAAACAGGAUCCUGGAACUGAUUGGAUAUGGGACUGGUCAAGUCGUCCAGAACUUCAGCAGUCUUUUGAGACUAUGAGUGAAAAGUUCCGUCACCCUGGCAGCAAAUAUAGCAGGACUCCCCUGAGUGUACGCAACACACAAGUCAUGAAGAAGACGAGAAUUUUUUCCUGGGCUAAUUUACCAACCUUGAUUCUUACACACGCUUGCACAUUCUUUUUGGGGGCUGCAGCAGUCUUUAUUUACUUCAAAAAAUACUGCAACUUUGCUUCCAUUGCCCAAGUAGCCCUUGAUUGAUAACAACCAUUGGAUAUUGGCCCUGUGGUAAAGGUCGCCACACAUAUUUUUAUAUGUAUUGAAAUGUCCCUUGUGUCAUGGACUGAUAUUAAAAUGGUUGAAGUAUUGAAGUAUUACAAAUGUACAAUUUGAUGCCUCUAGCAUAAGCAUAUCAGUAUGCUGAGGCUAGAGAAAUUAACUUUAAAAGAAAAAGAAUUCACCUUUAAAAGCUGCACUUAAUGAUUAUUCUAAUUUAUAUAUGACUAGAAGUUAUCACUGUUAACCUUUCUGUUAUAAUUCUGAUUUUAGUGUAUGUUCAAUCCAAUUGCAUUAAAGACAUUUUUUGUAUACAUUUUGUGAAGCUUUUAAAUUUGAAUCUUCUCUAAUUUUUCGUUCGGUAAAAAAAAACACAUUACCACUGUACAUAUAUUUUUGUGCCGACAAAAUCAUGUACAUUAAAAAUUUUCCCCCAUGCAUAUAAAAUGCAUAUUUCAAUAUUUUUGAAACAAAUUUGUUACCAGAAAUGUUCACCAUGUUUUUGCCAGUUUGUACAUUUAAGAGACUUUUCACUUUGUGAAUUUUUUUUUUAGUCAUGCAUUAAUCCAAAAUUCAAAGAUCCUGAGAAAAAACCUAUAAUUGUGUAUACACACGUGUCCAUCAUUACAAAUAAAAGUACUACGUUUGGGUUGUCCAUAAAUGAUGCAAUGCCAUUUUACCAGCCUCACCUUUAUAAAAUGACCUGUAUCCACCCCAAAAACCAUGAAUCUAACAAAAAAUAAACUUACAUUAUUUUUACCCUAAUAUAUGCUGUCAAGUUUUUAAAAGCCAUUCCUACAUAGUACAUCAUCACUUAGGUCUAAACCCUGUUUAAUUUAUGGAUGACCCCAACAGAUUAUUGGCCAUUGUCCUUUUAUUUCAAAUAGUAAUAAUACAUAAUUUCAGAACAUCAAAUGUAAAAAGCAAUAGAAAUGGUUUACAUGUAGCAGGUUGUUUAAAUAUUUUUUUUUAAUGGAAAACAUAGUUUAUAUAUCUAUGGUUCUUUAUUCAAAUUAUAAAAUUCAUUUUUGUGUUAUUUAUUUCAGAAGUUAUGUUUUUAUUCUGCCAUUUUCUUAUGGACAUUCAAGGCAUUUAAUUUACCAUUUUUGGGUAACACAUUAUUUGGAUUUCACUGUUAAGUAAAUAAAAAAAUUCUGUAAAUAUAUAAAUCGAGAACAGUAAUUUAUAUAUAAAUAUAUUAUAUAAAUAUAAUACUUUUUUAAUUUAUGAAAAAUAAAUUUUAUGUUAUUUAUAAACAUCAAAGUAAAAAGUAUUUCAGUUGAAUUUAACCCCAAUAAAUUUACAUUAAAUUACUAAAACAACCUAAGUUUUCAAAAAUUUUGGGAUUACAAUUCUGCUUGAAAUCCAUCUUUACAUAGGGCAAUGCACUGAUGUUUUAAUUUUUAAGUUACUUGUUGCUCCCUUCACAUGUACACAACAUUGACAUUAUCACAGCUUAUUAUU